AUGAACAAUUUCUACAUCCGUGAGCUGAAUUUGAACACGUACUUCAGUGCAGAAUUUUUAUCUAUGCCAAACCUAAAAAUUAUUCCUUUACGUAAUCCUAAACGUGGUUUUGAACCAUUAGUCUAUUUUCAAUAUAUAGUUGAUAAUUACGAUGUACUGCCAAAACACACAAUUUUUCUACACGGUCAUCCAGAAAAACAUAAUCCACAUUUAAUAUUACAAUUAACAUGGCUCUUAAAUGCGUUCCAAAUAAAAGAAAUGCCAAAUUUUUUACAUCUUAAUUGUAAUCUUUACACUCGACGUAUAUUUCACAAAGCAGGAGAGUUUCUUCACUUACUAGGUUUCAACAACGUUGCAUUUACUGCUAUAGGAAAUUUGUCAUCUAAACAAUUAGCACAAGGCUAUCGUUAUUUCGGGACAGAGUGCUGUGCACAAUUUUUAGUAUCAUCAGAAUUAAUUCGACAGUAUCCAGUCGCAUUUUACCGUUUGGCACUAAAAAUCUCAGAAGAGAAUUGGUAUGAUGGACCAAUGGAAUGUAUGUGGCAUGCUUUCUUCUUACGUAGACAAGAACUAGGUAAAAAUCGAAAUCUAAAUUCACUAUAUAUGGAAGCACAUCCUCGAUUUAGAUCAAGAUGUUAUAAUUCUGACGAAUCAACAAUUGUGGUUGAAUAA